CGGCCAGGAAGGAGUGGACGCAGCUUCGCCGCCAGAAGCCUUGCAAGAAGAAGACUCGUAAGAAGACGAAGACGAAGACGAAGCUCCUCCUUUGAUAUGGCCAUACACGAGCAGAUCGACAACCUGAACAUCUGGUGGUUCCCUCGCGACUUCUGCCAGUCGAGAUUCGGGGAGUACCAGCAGAGCGGCACCAACUCGUGCACCCUCAUCUCGCUGCUCCUGGCCGACAAGGUGUCCAAGGCGGAGAGGUUCUACCACCGGGUAUCGAAUCUGCCGCAGCGUGGCUGGGAGAUGUUCGGCAAUGCCAUGAACGAUGGCAACAGUGUCUACCACAAUGUGAUCUCGGCCAACACUCCGCAUGCGCGCAACCUCAAUCUGAACAUCCCGGACGCCAUUGCGGCCAUCCGGACGCAGCACAAGAUGAACUUCCGCCUGGAGGAGUGGUUCUACACGCACAUGGAGGCGGACACCUCCAGUCCCAUGUACAACCGGAACGUGGCCGUGCAGCUGUCCCGCAUCUUCCAGAUCACUCUGCAGGUCUUCCAGCAGGCCAUCGGCCAGAGCACGCCCCCCCAUCUGUUCGCAGCCAUAAUUGCGGACAGUCGUACGGUGAUGGUCACCUUCGAUUUUCGUGCCUCAAUCGUCGCCCUCUUCGACUCCCAUCAGCAUGGUCGCGAUGCGGGCGCCGUCUUUGCCCAGUGCACCCUCCAGAAUAUGGAUGAUCUGCUCUUCUGGUUCAUCAGCAUGCUGCACAACGUCUACUCGAGUCGUCCCGCCCUCUUUGAGAUCUCUUUCCUCAGCUCUCAGCCGGGAGUGGCGAAGCGUAUUCCGCCGGCCAUCAAGAAGAUUGCGGGUGACCUCAAAAAGCCCACCAAAAACCAUACGGCAACGUAGCAGAGUGGAUCGCAGGUGUAGAACCCCAGUGUUAAGCCCCAUGUCUAACAUCUGGCAUCUGGGAGCGGGCUCAACCCAAAAUUUAUACAGUCAAAAGAACCAAAAUA